GGUUAAGAGGUUCUGGGAAGGUAAAGAAGAUGGAAAAAUGGCGUCACUUACCUGUAAAGUAGCAAAGGAAACUGAGGCGUCUGUUCAUGGGAUAUUGGAUGACCUUGACCUAGUUCGAAAAUAAUAUAGAAGGAAGAGGUCAUGGACGUUGGGUUUCUCACAACCAGCCACAUAAGCAGUGAAAAGGUUUCUCACCAUGGGGACGGUUUAGCUGAAGGACAUAUAGCUUCUGAAACUGACGAUUACGAGGGGUCCACUGGCCGCUGUGUAGAGGACACGGUGUCAAACGAUAAUGUCACCAUGGAGAAACAUCAGUCACGUGAUAGAGUUCCCCAUUCACUUGACCCCAAUGCGUGCUCCACUGUACCCGCUGGAGAUACGGACAACACCACCACGUCUUCGGCAGUGUUUCACAAUUCUCCUUCACCUUCGGAAGAACCUUCAGAUUCUCCUUCAGUAGGGAGUGGUACUGUGACCUGCAAUGAAGAUCAUGGGUUUCUCUCGGAUGAAAGCCUCAGCAACGACUUAAGUUGUUUUGCCACAGAUCUAAACCCCUCCGUAGAAUGUAAGUCUCACGAACAGAUCAAUGAUGAAGCAGUCUGUGAAGCAAAGGAAACCAAUAUUGAAUCCAACUUGCACAGUGAGGUUAAGAUUGAUAACUGUUCUUCUACAAAAAGUUUUCAAUCGGACAAUCAGACCAAUGUCAAUGGAAUUACUUUUUCACAGGAGAAAACAGGUGAUACAAAGUCAUUAUCAUGUGAUGACAACAAACUCACGAUUAGUUUUGAAUCAGAGAAUAUGUCUAAACCUCAAGUUAUACAAAAUAGUUCUUCGACUUCUUUCAUGGAAAAAGAAGCUAUGACAGAAUCAGUUAAAUCACAGUAUACCACGGACAACACUGAUGACGAAGAGGACUCUCGCAUCAAGUCACAAAAGGACGACCCUCUUAUUAGUGACAGUAUUGACGAGAAAGUUUGUUUGUUCGGGAGAGAAUCGCCUCCACCUGGGGAUAAAACCGUCGCCUCUUUUCCCUUACCUUCUCUGAAUGGUAUUACAAGUACAGACAAAGAACUCGAUACAGCCAGUGUUUUCAUCGAAGAAAGCAAAAGAGAAAGAGACGGGUUUGGAAAAUCCGAUCUUCAAGUGGGGAGACAACCGAGUGCAGCAAGAGAAUGUGGACCCGCCUGUGAUCAUCCUGUAACUGAAACCUUGAUAAAACCAACAACUUCAAACACAAACAUUGAACAAACAGUUAGAGAAAAUAAUGAAAACAAGUCAACGAGUUUUGACGAACCAUUCGGAACAGAAAUGCCAGGAGAAAUCUUAGAGGAGCAAACAACUACGAGUGUAGAUAUUCCACUAAGUAAUGCCGCACAGGAAAAAGAGAGUGUAGAUAUUCCACGAAGUAAUGCCGCACAGGAAAAAGACAGUGAGUCUAGUGUAGAUAUUCCACUAAGUAUUGCCGCACAGGAAAAAGAGAGUGGGUCUAGGAAUGGCAUGGAAAGUGACAUAGACCAUAGUUACCUGGAAGAGUGUACUGAAGAGGAAGCCUCUGAACCGUCCAAAGGUCAACAUUUCGAAAUUAGAAAUAAAGGUCAAAUGUUUGGAGAACUUAUAAUUCAGCAAUCAGAUGUGCCGGAAUUCGAACUUCAACAAACUUCAGUACCAGAAAUGAUAAGUUCUGUUACUGUAGAGACAAGUCACGAUGAGGAGAGAAUCGAUACCACUGAUGAUUAUCAUUGGUGUGAAGAUGAUUUGACUGAGACAGAGAAGUGUUUUCAACCGAGAUCUCGCAGUGAAACUUCAAAUGGGUCAAAUGCAAGCUUUGGCGAAAGUGAGACAGAUGUCAUCUGGAGUAGUUCCACGGAUUCCAAGGACACCGCUAAAGAUGAUGAUCUUGAUUUUACCAUUGAAAUUAACGAAGACUAUGACGGUCAUGAUGAGAGCAUUGGAAAUGAGGUAGAAAUGGAUCUUAGUCAUGCCCAGGAUGACGAUCGUGAUUCUACAGAAAGUUGUGUCCCUGAAAGGCCAUUUUUAUCAGAGAAUACUAGAAAUAGUAAUCCAGGAAAUGAAUCUGAGACCGAGAAUCUGAAAGAGAUACCAUCCCAUUCUUCUGGAAGAGAAUCUCCUUUCAAAAUUCGACCUGUAGAGUGCUUCCAGAAUUAUGUGGCAGUAGAGUCCAACAAAAAGAAAUUACUGCAUGACCACAGUUACUUCAGACACAUAAGUAAAGGCAAAGGUAUCCUAGAAGAUGAGGUGACGGGAGAUCACACGUACAACAGAGACCAAACCAUCACUAAACUCCCGUACGUAUACCGCCCACAUCCACAAUUCGGAAACGCCAUGUGUGAAUUGGGAAGUGAAAGUAGCAAUCAAAGUGAAAAUACAGAGCUGUAUACAGAGGAUACAAAGUAUGUUAAUAUGAUAAGGGACCAUAGUUACCAAACAAUUAAGGAAGACAUGUUUCUAGCGCAUAGUCCGUUGGUUGAUGGAGAAACAAAUGAUGGAGCUUUAACAGUGCACAGUUUCCAAACACAUGAUGAAGAUGGGGCAGUAUCUUUACCGGCUACUCAGACUGAUUUAAAUAGAGAUAAAUUACACUUAGAAACAAAGAAAAGGAUUAUAUCGGUGAAAACCAUCCUAAACCGACCGGAACACUCCAAGAAUACCAACCUACAAGCAACAUGUGGGAAACAAGGAACAACCUUUUUAAAGACACGGACUGAUUUAAAUAAAGAUAGAAUGCUCUUGGUUACGACGAAAGGGAUUGUGUCGGUGAAUAGCGUCCUUCAAGGUUCUCAUAAACAAUCACAACUUUCCAAAGAAUAUAAAAGUCUACAUUCAAUGACACAACAGAAAAACCAAACUGGACACAGACAUAUGGAGCAUAAAUUGAGAAUAGUAGACGGAAAAGUGAUCCCUGGAUCUGGUUUUAAAAGUUAUCCACACGGAGAAUACGAAAGAAAUAUCCGCAUUCUACAAGAUGGUAAACACGCACUUGGUAUAAAAUCCAAAACGGACUCAGAAAAAGCAGGAUUACAGAGACCCCAUAUUGCACAUCCACAGCAGGAAGCGCCACCUGCAAAUAAAAACGAAGCAACAAAAACACCAGUGAUAAUAUGUACUGCUAAGCCGAUACAGACGGGGUCUAAAUACCCAGGUUAUAUGUUUUGCUACAAAAGCGUUCUAAAUAAUAAAAAAGAAAUAUCGAAUUGGACUACUGAAACUUCAAAACCAAGUGUUAUCAAAUGUUUGAAUACGUCUCGCAACUUGCAGAAAGAAGUUCAAUAUUCAUUCAACAGACAAUCUUCAGACCAGUUUUGUAAACUGGAAUGUCCCUCUGACAAAGAGACACAGACUCGAUACCAGUCCAUUAAAUCAGAGGAAGAUGCUAAACCGAAGAAAAAAGAUGGAGACUUUGAAGUAGAUGUCGCGACCAGUAUCUGCCAGACAGUUAUUCCAUCAGAUGUAACAAAUGAGUCUACUUUUGAAAUUCCUUCCAACAUGCCUUUAACGUUCCGGAGAUUUCAUCAUCUCUCUAAAAGAAACUUGAAAGGUGCUUAUUUGGUUCGUGACAGAGGAAGUGGCUACUUUGUCUUUAAAAAGUUAUCCUCAUUUCAUUUAAAGGACGGUGUGUAUAUAGAGGCUAUCUAUAACAAGGAGACGGAUAAACAAUUAGCACAGUACAUCGGAACACUGAUACAAGACCCAUGUUUUGAAAUUAUUGAGAAUGUGCCAUUCAUUAGGAUCGCUAGAUGUCCAAAUAGUACAGCUAUAAAACUAUGGAAGUUACGAUCAUAUACAGAAAAUUGUCACUCAGAGGAAAUGCCAUUGAAAAUAGGAGCUGUGUUUUCUCUUAGGCCAGAUAAUGGUGAGAGCGAGAACUCGGUCACAAUGUUAAAUAAAAGGACAAAUCACCCAGUCAUCUUGAAAAAUAAGAAAGUGAACAAAUUAUGUAUAGAUACUCCAAAACUCGGUAAAAGAAGAAACCAAAGAUGUCAAGCGGUAAAGUGGCACUGCAAGUUGAGCAAUUACAGGUACAGUAUACCUUUGGAUGAGGUGGAGUUUUGGAGUAAAUGUCAGUGUUAUUAUGAUCGAAAUAGCAGUACCCAGUUAAGAAAGUAUUGUAGAGUUGUUCUGAAAUCUCUUGAUUCCACAAACCAACAUUUAAAAACGUUUGAAAAACCUUGCAGCAAACGGUGCAGACAAAGGAUAGUAUGUUUGUCGCUAAAUGCAAAAAAGCCGAAGCUGGAAAAGGAAAUGCGGCGACUUUGUAAGAACUUUGGAAUUCCUCUUGUUCUAAAUAGAUUGACAGAGGAGAAAUGUUCAUAUUUAAGUAAUGACAGUGCGUGCACGAUAAAAAUUGAUCCGAAUGAUACUGACGUGGAUGUUUGCAAUAUCGACACAAAUGAAGAUCAAGGAUUGAUAGUCGAAAACCAGUUGGAUAACACGAUCGAUGAAGGAGAAAGAUCUGACAAGAAUGAUUUCUUCUCAAGUAUCGAUACAAAUCUUGGUACAAAGCAUAAAGAACACCUGACGAACGAGGUCCAAGUAACAUUAAAAGAGGUACCAAGUGCUGAAUGGGGUGGUAUUGAUACCGCUGACAAUCAGAUCGGAGAUAAAAAGGAGGAGUCGCUGCUAUGUACCAGAACUAUUAAAAAGGAGCAAUUUUCAGAAAGUUACGGAGAAUUAUCGAACACGACUCGGGAUUCCAAUAGCAGGAAAAGAUGUUAUGCAGACGAUAAUGGUGUUGAUGCUUCCGGUGAAGAUAUCUUGAGAAAUAAGCAGGGCGAGGGAGAAGAAGGAAGGGGUCAGGGUCUAUCGCCAAAUAACACAUCUCUUUUCGAACCUCCUUCAAAGUGUGAGAAAAUAUCGCAGCUUUCUGAGGAUUUACCAAGCAUACAUCAAAUAAAACACGAACAGAUUGACGGUGCAAAGGGAUCCCAGAUGGAGUCUAACGCGGGACUACAAGCCAGAAUACGCAAUCUCCGAGAGCAACUGAAACAGCGCGAAAAAGAUGUUGAUGCCAUGAAAGAAAAUUUGAAACACUUCACUGAACUGCCAGAUUAGUACUAUACUGUGAUUUUACUUUAUGAUAUGGAGACUAUAUUAGUACUCCGUACUGUACUGUUAUGAUGAUAUGUGUAGGUUGUGAUGAAUGCUUGUAUUUCCAUCGGAAAACUCUGAUACACGUAGUUACCUUAAUAGUAAUUUCUGAUGAAGAUUCUUCAGCUUUUUAUCAUUUUUGAUUGUUAGUAUAUUAAGCAUACUUGAUAAUUAAAGUAUGCCUUUUAUAAAUUUU